AUUUUCUUUCAUUCCAGCAUAAAGCAAAGGUAGAAGCCAUGACCUUAGACCUUGCUUCUCUUCAUAGUGUGGAACAGUUUGCUAAAGAAUUCAGAUCCAGGAAUUUGCCUCUUCACAUUUUGAUCUGCAAUGCUGCAACGUUUGCUCAGCCUUGGCAAAUGACAGAAGAUGGUUUUGAGUACACCUUUCAGGUAAACCACCUGGGGCAUUUUUAUCUGGUUCAGCUUCUCCAAGAUGUCCUUCAGCGCUCAGCACCUUCAAGGGUGGUCGUAGUAUCCUCUGAGUCCCAUCGAUUUACAGAUAUUAAAGAUUCUGCAGGAAAACUUGACUUAAACCUGCUCUCUCCUCCUAAGAAAGAGUAUUGGGCAAUGUUGGCUUACAACCGCUCUAAACUAUGCAACAUCCUAUUUAGUAAUGAACUGAAUCGACGCUCAUCUCCCCGUGGGGUUACCUCUAACGCUCUUCAUCCCGGCAAUAUGAUGUAUUCAUCAAUCCAUCAGAACUGGUGGGUGUAUACCCUUCUGUUUGCAUUUGCUCGGCCUUUCACCAAGUCUAUGGUAAGUGACCAGCUGUCAAUAUCUUUGGUCUUCAGAUAUUUUCAAGUAUCAGUGGGGCCAUUGCAUUAUGUACUUGUUGGCAUCGUUUGA